AUUAGCCGGUUUUGAAUGACAUUUACACCAAAAAAUAAGGUAGCCAUUUGCCUCUUGGCUAGUUUUGUAGUCGCAUACACGUAUCCGCCUCCCAAAUAUGACUAUCCUCCACCUCCUAAGUAUGAUUAUCCGGCGCCUCAGAAAUAUCCACCUCCAAAAGUAGAAAAGGCAAAUCCGUACGAAUUGAACUACGAUUUCCUAACAGACGAUGGAGCUUCCGUUUGGCAACAAGAAAAUGGCAACGAAAAGGGUGAAAAAUCAGGUUCCUACGGAUAUAAAGAUGCUUACGGUGUUUACAGAUACGUCGAUUAUUGGGCGGAUGCUAACGGUUUUCGUGCCAAGAUUAAAACUAACGAACCGGGUACCGAUGAUGCCGAUCCAGCUGACGUAGAUAUAACUGCUUAUCCUCCACCUAAAUAUACCGCUAAAGCUAAACCACCCAAAGCGAGUUACAAGUCACCGGAACCAUCGUCUUAUCCACCACCACCCCCUCCUAAAGAAACGUACAAACCUAAACCAAAACCACCUCAGUAUAAAACAACUAAAGCUUCACCUCCACCUCCGAGUUACGAACCUCCAUUGCAGAGUUACGAAAUAGUUUAUCCACCAUCGAGUUACCCAGGUUAUGGUUUAUACUGA